AAAAUUUUACUGCUACAAAAUUUGUCAAGCAGUCACUAAAUUGCGAGUAAAACGAAAUAAUGCUAGCCCAAUGGCUGGCAAUUGUUGUUAUAGUUUUUAAUUUUUUUAAUAAUUGUGCACAGUGUCAUCUAUUAACAGAAGAUGAAUACAACGAAUUGCCCCCCAUAUAUCACAUAGACGAUUAUAAGAAUUGUAUGAAAGAAAAUAAUUUAUAUUGUAGUGUUACGUUAAUAUUGAAGCCCAAUAAUAAGUCCAGCAGAAUUUGGAAAAAUAUCCAGAAAACAAUUGAUAACAAAAACUACUAUAACCACAAUGAAAUAUUCCAUGCUAUAUGCGUGGAAAAAAAGUGCCCAGACUACAAGAAGGACCAUAACUUAAAAAACGAAAUAUCCCAAUGUUUCACGGAGAAAUUUAAAAAAGUAGAAUUAAAUGCUGAAGUGGUCGAUAUAGAUUGCGAUUUUCACCUUUACAACACAGGUUAUUUCGAUAUUUGUUUAGUGUUCACUUUGUUUUCGUACGUCAUAUUCGUCAUAUGCAUGUCGAUUUUUGAUUAUAGAAAAAGUAAAACAAACGUUAAAUAUUUGACCGAUUACAAAGAAAAAGUUUUGAUGAAGCCUUUUUCUCUGUAUACGAAUUGGAAGAAGUUAAGCAGAAUCAGUCAGAAUCCAGACUUUCAAAAGUUAAAGUGCUUACAAGGGAUACGAUUUUACAACAUGCUUUUGAUUAUUUUUUGUCACACAUUUUCCAGCUACAUUGGGGGGUACAUACAGAACACCAUUUAUUUUGAAAGGUUUCAAGAAAAUAUAUUGAGGCACUUGUUGAGAAAUUUACUAGUGUUUUUGGUACAAACAUUUUUUCUAUUCUCGGCCUGGUUAUUAUCAUUUCAUUUUUUCCAAAUAUUGGGAAAUCCAAAGGUUUCAUUGAAAAGAUAUGUUACUCUGACAUUUCUUAACAGAUAUUUAAGGAUUAUUCCCCCCUUAUUGGUAAUGAUAGCAUUUGGGUAUAGCACAUUGAUUUUUUCCUUAUUUUUUGAUGGUCCUGUGAAGGACCAAUUCUCCUAUGUGGAAUACAAAAGAUGUCAAAAAAAUUGGUGGAGCACUUUGCUGUUUGUCAAUAAUAUUUGCGUCAAUCACGACAUGUGUUAUUUUAUAAGUUGGUAUCUCUCAGCCGAUACACAGUUGUACUUGAUUUCGCUGGUAAUUUUUGCAAUAAUAUGGAAAAUGAAGAAGAGACCUUUCAGUGUUAUAAGUUUUUUUGUUCUUAUAGCACUAUUCAUUCCUGGAAUAGUGUGUUACAUAUAUGAUUUGGAUAUCAUUUUCAGGAUCACCCCAGAAAACUCAAAAAUCAACAGCUACAUUUCCUUUAAUUUUAAUGCAACAUAUAUUUCAACAUAUUCCAAUGCUGCUACGUACAUGGUUGGUUUAGGGUUUGGAUAUAUGUUUCACAAAUUUUAUGAUAAACCCAUUUUUACAAACAAAUCAAGAGUUCUUUUAUGGUGGCUAUCAUUUUUGGGGUUACCAGCUCUAGUUUUAACAUUGGCAUGUUUCGAAUAUUCCAGAGUUACCUCGUCAAUGCUAGUUUGUAUUUUACGUCCCUUGUAUGCUAUAGGAAUAGGCGUAGGGAUUUUUGGUAUGUCUGAAAAACUAGGUGGUGUCAUUAGGAAAAUAUGCGAAUGGGAACCAGCGUUACUUCUGGGAAAUAUAACGUACAGCACCUAUGUAGUGCAUUAUUCUUUUGUUUUCUACAGAACAUCCACAGCUACAGCGCCGUUGUAUGUUUCAGAUUGGAUACUGUUUCAGUCGUUCAUUCACGACACCCUUCUAUCGUUUUUUUUUGGAUUCGUGAUGCACAUUUUCAUCGAAAUGCCCGCCUUGCAGCUUCAAAAAUUGUUCGUCCCCCAAAUAAGGGGGGCCAAACUGAAUCACGCGAAAAAGAGUAGCUAGUGUUAUUUAUGUUUUAAAAACAUUAUUAUUA